AUGGGACGGAACAAUGAAGAUGAGUACGUCACGUACACGAUCGUGACGUGCCAAGAAAGCACGACCGCACCAGGUGACUUUGCCAAGCUGAAGAUUAAACGCUUUCGCGGAGGGUCCGCGAAGGACUGGCUCAAAUGGAGCAUGAAGUUUAAGAGCCUCGCAAUAAGAAAAGGCUGGGGUGCUGACCAACUCACCGUUCAACUGCUCACGCUGAUCGACGGAGAUCUGUCGCGUGAGGUCGAGCGCAUCGCCAGCGAAUCUUCCGAGAAAGGACAUACGUUCGAAGGCUUCUACCGUGAGAUCGGCUUACUCCUGGUACCUGCGGAUUACAGUGAAGACCUAGAUGAGGAGCUAUGGACCCUGACCAAGCGCCGCGACGAAACAGUUCAACGCUGCUCGGCACGUCUGCGAGAGCUUGCUCAAAUGUACACCAAGUUGCCGCAGGAUGCGCAAACACUUUCGGAGAAUCAACUCUGUCGAUACUUUCGCCGAGCUAUGCCUACAAACUGGCAAGACAAGCUUGCUUUUUGUGAAAUCUCCUGCGAAACCGUAACAGAGCUUGCGAUGUACUUUGAGCGACUCGAAAGGCGCGAAGACAGAAUGGCCGGGAGCGCCAGAAUGGUCAAGGAAAGAAUGGUGAAAGGGGUCAAGGUCGGCGUGACCAGCAACGCCCGUUCAACGACCGUAAUAACCGCAGAGAUCGUCGCAACCAGCGCGGACAUCAUGACUCACACGAUAAUCGUCCUCACAGACGGACUGUGA